ACCACCUCAAUCAAAGAUUUUACGUGAGGACCAGAACCACAACAUGUAUGUGUCGGGAUGCACAGAGGUCGAGGUGAAGUCCACAGUGGAAGCCUUCGAAGUGUUUUGGCGGGGCCAAAAGAAAAGGAGGAUUGCCGAUACUCAGCUGAACCGCGAGUCCAGUCGCUCUCACAGUGUGUUCAUUGUCAAACUGGCACAAGCUCCGCUGGACGCAGAUGGAGACCACAUUCUGCAGGACAAGAACCAGGUGACUGUUAGCCAGCUGUGUCUGGUGGACCUGGCAGGGAGUGAACGCACCAGCAGGACUAAAGCAGAGGGCAGCCGCCUCCGGGAAGCAGGCAACAUCAACCAGUCCCUGAUGACCUUACGUACCUGUAUAGAAGUCCUCCGAGAGAACCAGAUGUGUGGAACAAACCGGAUGGUUCCUUACAGAGACUCUAAAGUCACUCAUCUGUUCAAGAACUAUUUUGACGGUGAAGGGAAAGUCCGCAUGGUUGUGUGUGUCAACCCUAAAGCUGACGACUAUGAAGAAACCAUGUUGGUCAUGCGCUUUGCGGAGUUGACCCAGGAGGUUGAGGUGGCGCGGCCGGUGGACAGGCCCAUUUGCAGCCUGGCGGCGGGGCGGAGACACCGUAACCAGGCCUUCAGAGACGAGUUGUCACGACGCCAGGAGGAGCGCCCUGGGGGAUCCAACAACACUGAGGAUGGCUCGGUGCUGAACCAGCUCCUGGACAGCCUGCCGGCCCUGCCUGCCUGUGAGUUGGUGGACCCCACCGAUGAGCAGAUCCUGCCCCGCCUCAUAGAGGUGCUGGAGAGGAGGCACCGCAUCCGCCUGAUGAUCACUGAGCAGUACACCAAAACUGCCAACACUCUGAAAUCGAUGCUCCAGGAGUUUGAUGGCCACCUGAUGGCCAAGGAGAACUUUAUCCAUGAACAGCAGGGGAAACUAGGGGAGAAGGACAAGAUCAUGUUCAACCAGAAGAAUGAGAUGGAUCGGCUGGAGAAGAAAUCCAAAAUGCUGGAAUACAAGAUUGACAUUCUUCAGAAGACCACCAAUAUCUAUGAGGGGGACAAGCGGUCGCUGCAGCAGGAGCUGGAGAGCCGUGAGCAGAGGCUGCAGCGGGAGCUGUCGGAGAGGAAGCGCAUGGAGGCACGCAUGCAGGGCAUGGUGUCUGACACCAAACACCAGUGGGAGAAGGAGUGUGAACGUCGUGUGAACGCCAAGCAGCUGGAGAUGCAGAACAAGCUGUGGGUGAAGGAUGAGAAGCUGAAGCAGCUGAAGGCCAUCGUAUCAGAGAGCAACAACAGCACCACCUCAGAGCAGCAGCGUCCCCCACCACCCCCAGACAAGCCCCAGAGGAACUCCCGGGAGAAGGACCAGCCUCGCGCCCCUGAGAAGAGAUCUCGCUCGCCACUGCCCACCACUGGGACACCGAUUCGCCCGCACCACAGACGCUCCCACUCAGCGGGUGGGCAGCGAUGGGUAGAUCACAAACCACUCUCUAAUUUGGAUUUAGACACGGUCAUGCAGCCAAUCAUACCCAAUGCAAUCAAAGUGUCAGCGGCCAGCGAGAAAGCUCUGUCUAAAUGCCACAAGUAUGUUCUCACGCAUCAGGAGCUUGCCUCCGAUGGGGAGAUUCAGACCAAACUGAUCAAGGGAGACGUGUUCAGAACGAGAGGUGGAGGACAAGCCGUGCAGUUCACAGACAUCGAAACGCUUCGACAGGAAUGCCCAACUGUUUCAAGUCGUAAGAGGAGGUCAUCGGGAGACGGGCCAGGACAACAUGAUGGAAACAAGAUGGACUGGAACGACAGAGAGAACAGGGCACCAGUGGCAAGCACAAGCUCAGCUCUUGGUCUCCAGAAUGGCUAUCAGAAACGCAGGAAGUAGGAACUGGACAGAUCAUCUUUUUCUAUGCUGGAAGUGUCUUGUCCAUUGGACUAGUGAACUUACCAUCACUUUAAACUAUGCAUCUUGUUUUUUUAAAGUCAAGCUUUUUAUAGAACUGUUUUUCUAGACAAGUGAUGAUCAAGACCUGAGUUGUAUUUAAUCAUGACUGUAGCUUAAAAGGGACAUUUUCAAUUAGAUUUGUAUUAGAUGAUUUAGAGAACUUAUCUUAUCUCUUAUCACAUUGAAUAGAGUGUCAUUGUAUAGUUUACCACCUUCACCUAUGAAACUUUCCUUCACUGGUUUUUCACACCCAAAGACUUUAGAUGACAAAAUGUAACUUUUUUUUCCUUCUCAGUUUCAAGGCACUGGUUGUAAUAGACCUAUAUUCACACAUAAUCUGCAGAAAAUCAAUGGUAGAAGGCUGCUAGUGCAAUGACCCCAAUUAUAUACUUUGCUAAAGCCUGCCGGUCAGUCUCUGUCUGACUGCAAAUACAUGUAUUUUUGAAGGAAUGUACUAUUUAAAAACUGGAAAAAAAUAAAUCAAGAAAUGAGAAUGAUCUUUAA